UCUGACUUCACGCAGAUCAAGCUACAGAAACAGCCUUAUCAUGUUCGACCGAUCUACACACACAAAAAAAAUACAUAAAACAUAGUUUAGCUAACGAGUUUUGGUUUGUUACUACUUGGCAAAUAAAAUAGCUAAGUGUUGCUUUUCCAGUGAUUAUGCAUUUGUUUUCUGUUCUCACGCUUUUACUUGCGGGGCAUGUCACCGCGACUGCAGGACAAGGGUACAGAAAUACUGAAUAUGUAUGCCCUGGCCAGUUUUUCCCCAUUGCAAAAAAGUUACCUUCUGCUGAUUUGCUCUUUAAAUCAAGUGUACCUGGAAGCUCUGAAAAGCAGGUGGCAAACAGGACUCAUAUCUUACUCCCCUCGUAUCAGUUCAAAGGCAACUACAUAUACAUUCCUGAGGUAAUGAAACAACAUGAGGGAGAGUACUGUUGGAGUUUUCCACAUAUGUUUAAUAUGGAAUUGCCAGUGAUCAAUCUCAUUCUCAAGGAUUGCUCCGUCCAUAGUGAAGUAACUUAUGGUGAGAAGUUUAGUCUGGAGGUGCCAAAGAAUGUGUCCAUAUUGGAGUUCACCACUCCAAAAUCGACUGACCGCAGGGUUCUGUGGAGUCGGAUCAACGCAGAUAACAAACGGGGAGCCAGGGGGGAGGUGACACAUGAUCGCUGGGAGGCUGUCAAGAUCACCUACGCCGAUGAAGGUCGCUAUACUUUCCUGAAGGAGAACGGUGUCGAGAUCUCCAGCACUAUACUCUCUGUCACAGAACUCAAGAGACAAUACGAUUUGAGCGACGGGUCCAUCAAGAGAAAGUUCCCUGUUCCCUUAGCCGAGGCAGUGCUUACAUUUAUUGAUUCCUCCAAGGAUAAGCAUGUGCUUUUCCAGAACGCCAUGGUGACUGAAGAGGCAUUCCGAAUCUUUGGGUCUCGGAUAGACCUGCAUGCAGAGUUUGGUGAACUGGUCCUCACUAUUACGGACCUGAAGUCAGGUGACAAGGGGCAAUAUGAGGUCCGCGACAAGAACAAAAGCCGUGCCGUUGUUAUGAAUGUCUAUGAUAGCAGUGAAUCUUCUAAUGAAAGCCUGCUGGUGUCCAACAUUGUUUCCGUUAUCGGUACACUGCUGUUGCUGCUGGGCGGCUGCUGCUUUGUGAGGAGGUGUUGUAGGAGUUGUAAAAAGAUCUAUGCCCCUGUUGCUUCACCAUCCCCCGCUCAGCCCAUCCACAUCCAUGAUCCUGUUGCCAUGUCUACACCAACAUCCUCCCUCCCACCUCCACCUGUGGCUGUGGCGAGUGCAGACCGUCCACCGUGGUUUCAGCCCUAUUCUUCGUUACCUCAGCACAUGGAUAGUCAGCCACCUCCUUACUCUGAGGUGGCAGGCAGCUGUUCUGAGCCUUGCCCUCCAUACACACCUGCUGCUCCUUCUUGGGCUUCAGUCGGAGGAGGAGCAGUAGGAACAGCAGGAGGAGCAGCAGGAGAAGGAGGAGGAGGAGAAGGAGGAGCAGGAGAAGCAGGAGGAGGAACAAGAGGAGGAACAGGAGCAGGAGAAGUAGGAGGAGGAGCAGGAGCAGAUACCAAUCCUGUUUCUAGAGUUCCACUGGACCCAGGGCCCCAGUACCAGCUCCAGGGGUGGGGUGGGGGUCUGGAUGAUUUUCUUACAAGUUCACCUCUUAGCAUGGACACCAACACUGGCACCAGCGCCUACAACUCAGACAAGCUCAACUUUUGAGGGGUAAAAAAAAUAUCUGAUUUCAGGAAAGAUCUUUUUUCACAUUUGCUCAUUUAGCAGUUGCUUUUGUCUGAAGUCACAGUGUAGCAUAUUACAAGCGCAUGUAGUGCAGUCUUAUGUGUUCCAUUCAGCUUGUUCUCUUUCUGCAGGUCCUUCAUGUUAACGUCAGUGCCAACGCUAGAGGUGAUGAAGCACACCCUACAGGGUCGAUGCAAGAGGCUCAAAUUCAGACCUCUGCCUGUACUCUGGCACAAAAUAAGUACUUUUUAUAAUAUUAUUUAUAAUAAGGACACAUUUAGAGAUGUGCUAGCAACAGUCCCUGCUGCCUAUACUUUUUGCUGUCUGGCUAGCACACACUCCUUGCUAGCACACUUUUCUCUUUAGCUAAACUAAGCUAUCGGGCAGAAAUGAAACACACAGGCAGCAGUUUAGCAGCAGUUCAUGAUCUUGCUGUGCAACUUCCUAAAACAAUCGGGUUGGGAAGGGGUAAACAAAUCUGUAUAGUAUUAAUAUAUUUAUAAAUUAUAAGACAUGUAAGUUAUAGAAGAUAAAUGGUAACUGGUUAAUAAUACUAAUAUUACAUUUGUUUAACAUGUCAAUAAGCCUAUAAAACUGUGUGAACAAGUAUGUGAACAAUGUGUGAACAACAUACAGAUAUGUGCAAUGUAGUAGCAGUAAUAAUAUAAUGGUAGUAAGAAUAAUAUAGAUAUAUGCAGUGUAUUAACAGAAUAUAUUAUGAGAAAAACAGAUAUGUUACAGGGGGUCAUCCCUAUGUUCCCCGGGUCCUAUGUUCCCUGCUCGGGGUUAGGGUUAUGGUUAGGGUUUUAAAAAAAGGGUCCUAUGUUCCCCGCUCGGGGUUAGGAUUAGGAUUAUGG